AUGGGCGACGGUGGUUUCUUUAAGGGUACAAGUCUAGAACAAGAUUGCAGAUUUUCAGAUAAGCAAAAAAAACUUUUAAAAAGUAUGAAUUUUCCUGUAGAAUUUAAUAAAAAGGUUGAUAUUUCAAAAGUCAACAUGUCAGUAAUUAGGCCAUGGAUAGCACAAAAGAUAGUUGAAAUAUUGGGUAGUGAAGAUGAAGUGGUUGUUAAUUAUGUAUUUGGUUUAUUGGAAGAACAGAAUCUAGAUCCAAGAAUGAUGCAAAUAAACCUUGCCGGUUUUUUAGAAAAAAAUUCACAAAGUUUUGUUACAGAGUUAUGGAAAUUACUUUUAUCAGCUCAAGAAGGUGUUAGUGGUAUCCCACCGAUAUUUCUUGAACAAAAAAUGGAAGAAUUACAAGACGAACGAAUUUUAUCUGAAAUACGGAAAAGAAGAGAAAAAGAUGAGGAGGAAAGAUUAAGAUUAAGAGAGUUAAGAGAUAGAGAACGUAGAGAUGAAAGAGAUCGCAGAGAUGAAAGAGAUCGUAGAGAUGAAAGGGAACGUCGAGAUGAAAGAGAUCGUAGAGAUGAAAGAGAUCAUCGCGUUAGUAGAGAGGAGAAAGAUCGUAGAGAAGACCGCGAAAGAAGAGACCGUGAACAUAAAAAUCGCCAUCACAGUAAAAGCAGAGGAGGUGGUGGUGAGGAAAGACAUCGUCGUAAUUCACAUAGAAGUGUUAGUCGUGGUAGAGAAGAUGAGGAUGAUAGUAGGCACCGUAGAAGAUCUUAUCAUCAUCGUAGGAGUAGUAAAAAUCGUGGUAGUAAAGAAGAAGGAAGAAAACAUAAAUCUAAUAGUAGUAGAAGACGUAGCAGUAGCAGAAGUCAUAGACAUAGACAUAAAAGUCGUAGUAAAAGUCAUGAUGAUUCAUAUGUUAGUAGUAGUAGUAGGAGGCAUAGGCGUUCAUCAAAGGAUGAUGAUGUUACUAUAAAAGAAGCAAUUAAAACAUCUAUAAGAAGUGACGGUGGCAACAAAAAGAACAGUUGA